UCAGGCCUCAGUCGGUUGUUACCUUCACACAUGUCUCCUCUCUUUGUCUCUCUCUCUGUUCAUCAUGUCCAGCUGGAGUCUCCUCUCUGUUUACCUGAGUGCAGCUUCACUGAUCCUCCUGCUGACUGUUUCCGAGGCUCAGUAUUAUGACUUAACUCCGGCUCCAGACUACGACGACUACAACGCCACCUUCGAUUACAGCUUCUACAGUAACGCCAGUAGCGAGGACUUGGACAAGUUUAGCGAGAGAUUCAUCGACGAAGAGGAAGUGGAGGACACAGGAGAAGAGCAGGAGGAAGAGGAAGUGACUGUUACCACGGCAACCACCCAAGGAACCACAGAGCAAGGCAGGGUUGACGUUCGUAACGCUGCACCACUUCCUGUUUCUCUGGAAAUCAGAACGCUUGUCUGGACUCUAAUUAUCCUGAUCAGCCUGAACAUGCAGCAGCUACAACACAUACUAUGAGACUGAACACACACUCAGCAGCUGACGUCUGAUCAGCUCGAUCCUGAACAAACCAGAGUGGGUCACCUGAUCUGAGGUGGGAGGGGUUUCAGUCGCCUCCGUGACCUUUGACCUCUGCGGAGAGGAGCCACGGUCUCCUUCGGUGUGGGGGUUACAGGUGGACCUCAGCCAAUCACAGAGCACCACAGACUCUUUUUCGUCUUUCUCUUCAUCUUAUCACAAUGUUUCACUGUUUAUUUCAAUGUGUGAGAGACCAACCGAACCAAGAUCUUUAGAUUAUUUACAUAUAUAUGUAUAUAUAUGGAGGGAAAUCUGUAUAAAUUAUAAAUAUGGAAGUUUACCAAUGACAAAACAAAAUCAGACAAAUGAAGCUGAACAAGUUGAGUCACAAAAACUGUCAGAGAAUAAAAUUAACAAAUACAUUUAAAACUAAAAUAAAUUAAAAUUUUAAUAUCCACGUCAGAAUGAUCAAAUAUUUUUUUUCCUUGUGAAUAUCAUGUAUCAUGCUUAAAUCUGCCUACUUCUAUAAGUUUAACAUUCAGAGAGUUCAGAGUAGCUCUGCGCUGCUCUCACACUGGUUACAGCUGAUAACGCUGCCAAGGCCGACAGGGUCGUCAUGGAAACGUGGCGCCUACCCUCCGGUUCUCCCUCAGGUUAACACUGUUAGCUCUGUUAACAUUGUUAAAUAGCUCUGUUAGCACUGUUAACUUUGUUUGCACUAUUAACACCAUUACGUUGUUAGCUUAUGUUAGCACUGUUAACUUUGUUUGCAUUGUUUCCACCGUUAAAAUUGUUAGCUCUGUUAGAACUGUUUGCAGCUCUGUGAGCGCUGAACAGCCAGUUCAACUGUCGCACCAGCUAAAUAAACCUUUUAAAAACCUCUUGGAUCAGCUAGAAAAUGUUCAUCAUAAAGCCGAAAACAGGCUGUUUUUCUAUUUAGAGGUACGUGCUUCUAUAAGUAUAUAUACUCAUAUAUAAAAUGUGUGUAUAUAUAUAUAUAUAUAUAUAUAUAUAUAUAUAUAUAUAUAUAUAUAUAUAUAUAUGCUGAUAAAUUUAUGCUGAUGCAUGUGGAACUACGUUAGAGAGAAGAGAAUCUGAUUCUUCUUUGUUUUUUAAAUUUAUCUCCACGUUUUCAUCUGUAAAAUCGUUUCACAUGAGUUUCACUGUGAAUCAAACAGCAGCACUUUGUAAACAACCAGCACUUAUCAGUUAAAUGUGUUUUUACGUGUUAAAGUUUAGUUCUGAUGGAAAGAGUAUUAAUAAUAAGCUCAAUAGAGCAGUUUUUUUAAUUCACAUUUAAAACCGUCGGCACAGAAGGACGAACAUUAAGGAACUUCCAGAACAAUCUAGAACAGAUUUUUGUAUGCUUGCUUGUUUUGCAAUAAAAUGUCUGAAAAGUUAUCAACAGCUUCUUGUUGAUCAUUUAAC